AUGACUGCAUUAGAGGGGCUACUUAACACAAAGGACUAUGCCUUAUUAUAUGCUAUUUGGCCGGGCCAGAUGGCUGAAAAUGUACAUGGACAGGAAAACUCGCUCUGCAUCCGCCUGCGAGCGUCGUCUUCCCAAGAAAUGAAGCGCAUCAAUUGUGACUCAAAAACAGGUUUUAAACCAAGUCCACGGCUUUAUCUGUCCAUUGAUCGAAGUCCUCUUUGUCUCACCAUGCAGACGGACUCUCCCCACCAUCCUUCCUCCUCAUUGAGGCCGAAUGCUGGAAAAGCCGCAGCUGCAUCGCUGCCAUACGCGCAUAUGCGACAUGCAGACACCAUUCGCCCUGUUGGCUUGAACGUCUUCGGGUCAGCCGAACAGCCUGUCCCUCUCUAA